UCAGCACGACGAAGGAGACGACUGACCGUGAAGAAGAGAGCCAUCGAUCAGCCGGAAUCGUAUUAAGCCCGAUGUUACUACCUUUUGUUGCGUCUAUCUGUGCUCUAUGAGGGUUUGUCUUCUUCUUUUUUCGUCUCCACUUUUCGAUUUUGAGAUCCCCAAUCGGACUCCAUGAAGAAGAAGCUCGACACUCGUUUUCCUGCUUGAAAUUGUUGAACGAAAUUAAAGCUUUUUUGGGUUGGAGGGUGGUAUAUUCAUUGGUAGGUGAUGACCCAUGUGGAGACGGUGAUUUUCCACCAUGAUCCGGAGUUAAAUGUUCUGCACAGGUGAUUAUAGAGUUGUCACAGAAUUGUAAGUAUCCACUUUUAUUGGAUAUGAUUAAUAAGUUUCUUCAAUACCCAUAUGUAGGUGUGAUACUAUUUUUUCCUUGCUAUCCUUAGUGCAUUUCUACCCCCGUGAUACUGAAUAUCAUUCGUGAGACAACAUCCAAAUGGUGGAUUAUUAUCAUCUUUAAUCAAAAUGAAAAAGUUCUUAUAUGAAUGAAGAACUCUGCAAAAUCUUACUGCACUAUUUCUUGUAUUAAUAAACUCUUAUUUAAUUUGUUUCCUUUGAUUUGUAGAUGAUUCUAUAACUUCUAAUGUGCCAACAAUAUUAAAUGUGAGGCAGACUGGCAGCAGAAACAUGCAUUUAUCCUUGAUAUUAUUAUAUGAAUUGAUGUUGAAUCUUCAAUUAGGUAUCAGGUAAUAAAAUAGCGAGAGAUUAAGGGCUCUCCAAGGACCUUAAUUUUGAAGGGAGCCAUAUUUGGAUUCUCUAAUUUAGAAAAGUUGACAGUAUCAACUGAAGCAGUUCAGUCCAUAUAUCAUCUCAAACUGCAACUUCUACUAAUCCUAAUGGAAACUCUAGACCUUGAAAUCCUCCUCCAAAUGAUUCAUGAUAAAAAGCAUUUUAGGAAAUGAUCAUCUUGGCUAUCUUCGUCAAGAAUUUGAAGUUGGAUCCUUAAAUUAUUUUCUUGAAAUUCUUGAAAGUGAGAUACUGAAUGGUUUUGAUAGUGAAGUUGCAGGUUAUCGAAGUGUUUUGCGUCUCAAAAUUUAUUGCAUCUUAUGAAAUCAGUCUCGAGUAUGUGCAAUCUGGGAUGGUAUUGUUGAUUAGACGCUUGACUCAUGGUUUGUAUCUUGAUAGCUCUAGAGAGGACGAGGACCUUCUCAUUAUUGACUUAGUUGAAAGGUAUCAUUUAGCAUGUUUGAUGGGCACUGGUGGCUCACUGCAGUUUCAAAAUCCAGGCUUGAAUGAGCAUAUAGAAACUAACUCAUGGGUAAAUGUGGAUGCAACUAUUUUUAGUUUGAUAAAAAAUAUAUCGUCUAGUCACAAUGGUCCUUUAAUGAUGUCAGUGAGCAUUGGUAUACUAUCAAGAAUGUUAAAAUGGGGGAGGCUGACAUGUUACCAAAAUGUGAAGUUAGGUAACAAUUACAUUAGACUCCCCUAUAGGAGCUGUUUUAUGGGUUGUGAAUCACAUUCCAUCCAGUUCUUGAGGGGUGUAAAUGCCUCUUAUAAGUCUUGAUACAUCAUGUAGAGUAAAAAUCACUAUAAAUCCAUCACUAUUAGCAAAUAUUAAUAGUGGCCCUAUUUAUGAACCUGUCCAUAAAAUAAGAUCAGUCUUUUGAGAUAGACACUUAAUACUUUAUUAAAUUGACCAUGAUCUUGCACCUUCAUGUCAACAAAAAUUGGCGGUUGUUUCUUCAUGUUGGCCUGCUUCACUACACCUAAUAGAAAAGGCGAUACCCAUUCAUGCUUAAAUUUACUAUGGUUGGUAUUUGUUCUGUGUGGGGGUCCUUCCCAAUGACAAAACACAAUGUGAAGGACAUUAUUUUGUACUCAAUAAUCCAAAUCUUGUUUUUAACUUUAUAUUAUUUGUUAUUUGUUAGAAACUUAAUUGUGAGGAAGACAUGGGUUUAUUUGUUAAGAAUAGUGUAUUUUAACUAUUUAUUUUUUCAAUGUUUAU